UUCCUGUUCUCCACCAUGGCGGAGCGGGCUCAGGGCAGCCGCCGGGAGGGCUCAGAAGCUCGGCCCGUCGGCUGCAGGACGGGCCAGGGGAGCGAACGAAGUGGCUGGCGCACGCAGGAUCAAGGUGAAAAGGAGAACCCCAUGCGGGAACUUCGCAUCCGCAAGCUCUGCCUCAACAUCUGCGUGGGGGAGAGUGGAGACAGACUGACCCGGGCAGCCAAGGUGCUGGAGCAGCUCACAGGCCAGACCCCCGUGUUCUCCAAAGCUAGAUACACGGUUAGAUCCUUUGGUAUCAGGAGAAAUGAAAAGAUUGCUGUCCACUGCACAGUCCGUGGGGCCAAGGCAGAAGAAAUCCUGGAGAAAGGUCUAAAGGUUCGAGAGUAUGAGUUAAGAAAAAAUAACUUCUCUGAUACUGGAAACUUUGGCUUUGGGAUCCAGGAGCACAUCGAUCUGGGUAUCAAGUAUGACCCAAGCAUUGGGAUCUACGGCCUGGACUUCUAUGUGGUGCUGGGUAGGCCAGGUUUCAGCAUCGCAGACAAGAAGCGCAGGACAGGCUGCAUUGGGGCCAAACACAGAAUCAGCAAAGAGGAGGCCAUGCGCUGGUUCCAGCAGAAGUAUGAUGGGAUCAUCCUUCCUGGCAAAUAAAUUCCCGUUUCUAUCCAAAAGGCCAAUAAAAACUUUUCAGUGAAA